GUCUUCCUACUUCUUUUCUUCGUCUUGGCAUUUGCUGGUCACUCCUCAGCAACCAUGUCGGAGACAGCGCCAGUCCCUCAGCCUGCGUCUGUUGCCCCUGAGAAACCUGCCGCUACAAAGAAAACCAGGAAGCCUGCGAAAGCUGCUGUCCCUCGAAAGAAGCCCGCGGGACCUUCAGUGUCUGAGCUCAUCGUGCAGGCAGUCUCAUCCUCCAAGGAGCGCAGCGGCGUGUCCUUGGCUGCGCUCAAGAAGUCGCUGGCGGCGGCGGGCUACGAUGUGGAGAAGAACAACAGCCGCAUCAAACUCGGGCUGAAGAGCCUGGUGAAUAAGGGCACCCUGGUGCAGACUAAGGGUACCGGCGCUGCUGGCUCCUUUAAGCUGAACAAGAAGGCGGAGUCCAAAGCCAGCACCACCAAGGUGACAGUGAAGGCGAAAGCAUCCGGGGCAGCUAAGAAACCCAAGAAGACUGCUGGGGCUGCAGCAAAGAAGACUGUCAAGACACCGAAGAAGCCCAAGAAGCCUGCAGUUUCAAAGAAGACUUCUUCUAAGAGCCCAAAGAAGCCGAAGGUGGUCAAGGCCAAGAAGGUAGCCAAGAGCCCUGCCAAGGCAAAGGCAGUGAAGCCUAAGGCUGCCAAGGUGAAGGUGACAAAGCCAAAGACUCCAGCUAAGCCGAAGAAGGCGGCGCCCAAGAAAAAGUGAACAGUUGGAGGCUUCUUCCAGUAACCCAACGGCUCUUUUCAGAGCCACCUACAUUACUCAAAGAGCUUAGCACUAACUAGUUCACAGCAAUGUGGAACUGGGUACAAAAUAAACAGUUCUUUCCCAGUAAACGGACAAUUUGGGUCCCUCUAGGUCUAGCUUACCCCAAGUUCCUAUCAAAAUGCCUUUACCUGGGUAGUUUUAUAAUUUUUAGCCCUGGGAGACGCUACCCUCUCCAGGUGUGGGUAAGUUCUUCAUGGCGUGGUUAUGUAAUGGCAUGUGGUACCUCUCCCAGGUAAGUGUCAUGCUGCCAACAUGAGAAUGUAGGUCCUUAGUGCUCCAUAUCACUGCAGCACUAGGCAUAGGGUGUGGUCAAGAUAAAAGUUUAAAUGCAAUACACGGUUUUUUAGUUCAAACUCACAAGACUACCUUACAGAAAUGCUGGGCACUUGAAGGUUUGGUUUUGUGAGGAAUUGUGUGUUACUACGUAGUUGAUCAUCUCCCAGUAACCCCAUGUAGCCUGCCUGCUCUUGAAGCCUUUGUAGGUUUUGCUAGGUAGCCAUUUUUGACCUUGAACCGAUCCUCCUUCCAAGUGGUAGGGUUACCGCUCCCCUCCUUCCCACACACCCUGAUUUGCGGACCUCCUCUAUCCUAUCCUUUGAGUUCAGUUUUUAAAUUAUUUGAGAGUGGGGUGGGGAGGUAGCUCUUGUGUCCGCAAGUUGGGGGCGGGGGUAGGGGCGCACAACUUGAAAUUGGUUCUCUUCCACUACUUGAGUUCAAUUCAUCAGGUGACAAAUUCCUUUUGCUCUGAGCCAUCUUUCUGGCCCUGAACUUAGCUUUUGUUGUAAACAAAUUAUGGUAUCUGCAUAGCCUAGUGCAAUCAAUAUCAAUGUAGUGAAGACGCAGGGGAUUAAAGAUAAAACAAAGAUUGGCAGGAGACAGCAUGUGGUAGACACUGAUUUGCCUUUCCUUUAAAAAAAAGUCAUUUAAAUAACGUGGUAUGAAAUCUGGCACUUAGAAAACUUUAAUAUGCAGUGUUUUCUUUACAUUACUGUGCAAUGAACCUGGAGUUCAUUGCUGAGCUAUAGUCUCGUUUUGUUUUUUGUGUAUUAGUACACUCCAAAGACAGCAGCAGUAAAAUUGCAUGUGUCCAUAUAUUUUGAGACAGGCUCCCCUAAAUUGCUUAACUAGGCCGUGAACUAAUCCUGCUGCCUCAGCUUCUCUAGCAACAAGAAGGUCUGUGUUUCUAAGUCCAACUUUUAAACAUCUUAAUAUAAACAGGCACAGAGAAACAAGGCCUAGGGAUAAGGGCAACUUCUUCCUUUCAUUUCACAUCACCUUUUAUUUCUUUAAACACCCUGAAGCAGAUACAGUCAUGUUGGCAUUUUUGUUUUAGCUAUUUUAUUUGGGUUUUCAUGUAUCUCUAUUCAAACCCUUAUUUCCAGCAGGGCUCCAAAACCAGGUAGGAGAGAAAGAAGGUUAGAGAGGAAAUGGGGCAUAGGUCUCUUUAAACUACUUCCUGUUGAAUCAGUUCCUUGGGGCAAAUCCAAUCUUCCAUUUAAGUCAGAAUUUUCUCCAAUUUCUUGCUUCUUUUCUCUUGACCAUCAACAGGAGCAGAAACCAUCAGGAGGAAUAACCCUGUCUUCUUCAGAGCACCCCUCUAUUUUUCAAAGCUCUCUCUGACUCUAGCAUUUACAUCUUCUUCAUAGUGCCCAGAAGUAAACCAUUUGCAGCUGGCAGAAUCAAAUCCUUACCAGAGCAUGCGCAAGUCAAAAGUCUGCAGCUGUGGAUAAUCUAGGCAGCUCCAAAUACCACACCUGGAAUUAAAACAAACAUGUUUAUAUAACAAAGAUUUUAAAGAAACCAAAAGUCUUCAUUACACAGUCAGACGUAUUUAAAAGUGGGAGCAUUCAGUGCACAUAGUUCCAUUACAUUAUUUGGGGGGCGAAAUUGGGAUUCCACUCGGUCUUUCACAAGGAAGGUCAGUUAAGUCUACCAAUCCAGAAAGGGCGGAUCACACUUAGGCUCCGCCCAUCCUCCGCUCGCCCCAACCUUGGGAGCCCACUCAGGUCUUGUCUCAUUCUAUUGCCAUCUUCACUUCCAGUCUCCAGCUCCAAUCCCGACUUCUCGGCGUAGGAAAUCAAGGCACCUCCGGCCUAACUUCCGGCGCUUGGCUCAUCUAUCAGAUAAUUGGACGCUGGGUUUGAGCGGACCAAUCAGAAGCGUCGGGAAUCAAGCCUUACUGGCAGAGCUGUGGCCAGAGGAGCUAAGUUUACCACCCUGGGAGGUCUCCAGCCUGGAGUCUGAAGCAUGCUCCCUAGGAGGCGUCUCCGCCUGCAGUUCAGGAGCACAUCUCAUAAAUAGCCGAAAUUCUGUGAAAUCUCACAGGAAAACGAUUUUUCUUUUUCUUUUUCUUUUUUUUCAAAACAAAAUAUGGCAAACUUCUUUUUUAGUUAUUUACACAGUAACAAAGCAAUGGGUCUCUUUUCAACACUUCUGGAUAUUAUAAUCUCCUCACAUCUUUCCUGGUUGCAACUCUCUGGUUCUUCUCCUGCCCCUAAAUAAGCUUCCUCUGCCUUCUGGUCACAGCUCUCUUUGACCUCUCAUUCCCCCAUCUCUACUGUUACAACCUCUCCUUUCCUUACCAAUCCCGUUUCUAGUUAAUUCACACACACACCCCCAACACAUACAAAUUUAAAUCUAGUUUUCAUAUAUGAGAAAAUAUGCGCUAUUUGUUUCUGGGUCUGUUUUCUUUUUGUUUGGGUUAGCAAGAUUUCUGGCUCCAAACAAAUAAACUCAUGAACCUAUUGUUUUAAAUAUUGAGUGGACAGCUCUGUGUGUGUGUGUGUGUGUGUGUGUGUGUGUGUGUGUGUGUGUGUGUGUGUGUGUGUGUGUGUUUUCUCUUGCAACUCAUUGCACGACUCUGGAGUUGAAGGUUCUCUGGUUAAUAAUCGGAUUUGGUCCCCUACUGCUGAUGAGGAAGACACUGAUUCAGGGUGCUCUCCCCAUCAAUCACUAGUCAAGUAAAUGCCCUACAGCUGGAUCUUAUGGAGGCAGCUUCUCAAUUAAGAGUCUCUUCUUUCAAGCUGACACAGGAGGGUGUUUCUGGGCUUUACCUUUGGGAGCUUUGGGAGGGUAUCUCUGGGGCCUUAUCUACAAACAUCUCCCUCCUAUGUUCUGUUACUCAUACCCACUUGUUUCCUCAUGAGACAGACACAGAUGUGAGACUCAACUGUCCCAAGACAGACUCCAUUUUGUUUUUGUGUUUCUAGUGUUUUGUGGGGCUAGUGGUAGUUGUUUUGGGCACUCACAACCGUCCAUCUCUUCCAUUGAGAUGAACUACACUUGAGUAUUGUCUCACAAAUACAUAACAAAAGCUAUGGUUAUCUGAAGGGGUCAUCUUGGAAUCCAGGGCACAGGGGCUCCUUCUUUCUCAUGGUGCCUCAGCACUGAUAUGGUCUCAGGAUUUCACUGUGCGAAGAGUCUGCUGUUUGGAGUGGGAAGGUAGAAACCUGUCUAACGUUUACCUCUAGCCUGAGUUAAGAUGAACUCCAUGCUUUCUUUGCAACCUGAGGACCCAGCACUGAGUAUGAGUAACUACCAGGAUUAUUCCCUGGGGGACUCCAGAGUCCAAGUAACUCAUUCUCCAUCCUAUGCUCUCAGUCCCCUUUGCCAGCUCCUUCAAGCCAUUGUACAUGUUUAUUCCUUAAGCAAGCAGGAAAGAAUUUAUAUACUUGCCCCAUUCACCUGCAGCUACAAAUGUGAUCAGCCUUGCUUAAAUACGAAUAAAUGAUUCAUUUCCCUCCUUUCUAUAAUUCUGUCUUAGUUAGUGAAAUCACUCUUGUUGGAUUUUGGAAUAGUGAGGCUGAGGCUGACAUGCUCACUUCCAGCCUUUUCUCCAUAAAGCCCUGAGCACACUUGGCAUAUAGGUGACUGUCCUGACUACCUUAAUAGUAGUGGCUGUUGUUUCCUGGUCUGUAGUUCUGUGUCUUGUAAUUGCACCAUAUUUGUGUCCUGCAGAGAAGUGGUGAGGAGGAAAAGGCAACAACUCCGCAGGACAGAGAAACAUAGCUGGCGGGCUUGGAGAAAUUUUAUCAUGUUAGUGAUCCACUGUAACAACUUCCCUUUGCACCACUGCCACCAAAGCAGUUAUGAACGGAUAAGCCACCUCAAAAUGCUAAUGAAGCAACAGAGCUUUAGAAACCUUUUGAGUUUCAAGAGGGUUGGGAGUAAAAGUCGAUAGAUCUCACAUCAGAGCAUAUCCUGCCCUUCUGCCCUCUCUGCUGGGUCACAAGAGAGUUUUGAACUUUGUCUCUAAUUUGUUCUUUGUGUUAAAUGCUUUACAUUAUGUUCCUUUUGUCCAUCUCCCCCUCCCCUUUCUUUUUAAAGAUAAAAAGGUUCAAAGACCAGAGCAACUUUAUUGGCUGUCAAUUAGCCUCCCAUAGUGCUUCCAUUUUUUCAAAUAACUCAGCAGAGAUUCCUAGGUUUCUGUAAGUGACAAGUGCUCAGCAGGGCACCAAUGGAUCAAUGAUUGUUUUACUGGAGAUUUAGAGGGACAAACAGUGGAGAGUGUUGUCUCCAGAAAAUCAGAGACCGCUCCCCUACAACUCUGAAAGGAUUCAGGACUUGGGCAGCUCUUACGUUGGCAUCUGCUUUUGCUUCUCAAAUAGCGCAAGGAAUCUCAGAAAAUCCAGAAUACAGGUGAGUGAAGCUUAGGCCAGGCCAGGCUGCUGGGGCCUUUGAAGUGGCCCCUUGGCUAAGAAUGUGAUGUCCCUUUCAAGAAGGCCCAUGGGGUCAGUAUCCUUCCUUCAGAAGAAAUCCUUUGCCAUUCUUUCUGUCUUGGUUUUAAGAGGAAGACAGCCUGUUUAGAAGUUCAGUUGAACUUCUGUUUUAAUUCUCUCUCUCUCUCUCUCUCUCUCUCUCUCUCUCUCUCUCUCUCUGUGUGUGUGUGUGUGUGUGUGUGUGUGUGUGUGUAGAACUAGGAUGGGUCUCAGAAGCAGCUGCCAUAGAACAGGAAGCAAAAAGCACUGCUCUUAAAUAGCCUUCUACUCCCUUUGGUUGUCAGUGUGUCUUCCUGGGCCAUAUCAGAACUAUAGCUCUCAUUGAAGUCUGGCCUCCUUCCCACUUUCUCUGUAGCCUAGGCUCUGGCAUGACACUCCCUAAGUUCACAUCACCUGAACUUCUGGGAGCAGUUUUCAGCCACAGAGAAGAGACAGGAAUCCCCUGGUUCUCCAGAAAUGUUGUUCCCCCUCUCCCCUCUUCAGCCCUCUUUCCAGUUCUGUUAGUACCAGAAUAAACCAAUUCUUGGCCAGACAUGGUGGUACAAACUAGUGUAAUGCCAGAAGGCAAAGACAAACAGAUUGACUCAUUUAUUCCUAUAAUUAGAAGAGUUGGUCAUUUCUUGGUGGCCUGUUUCCUAUAUGUUCCUUUUUCUGUGUUUUUAUUUUUAUAUGCUGUGUCAUGUCUUCUUAAUCCUCUGCCUUCUCUUUAAGUCCUGGUAUUCUAUCUUCCACUUGAUCCAUCCUACUUGGGAGGAAUUUGUUUGGGUUUUCUAGUAGGGUUAUUUGGUUUUUCAGUUCCCUCUUCAUUUUUACCUUGAGUCAACUGCAAUGUUUCUAUCUCUUCACUGAACUCUGUUUUGGAGACUUGAACUGUCUUUGUCAUCUCCAUCAGCCACGUUUGUGUCUUCUUGAACAUCACUCAGGCUUUUAUUCUCUUCAAAUUCAUUGAGAUGUGUUUCUGGCUGAGAAGAGAGGUUGGAUGUGGCCUGGGUGGGGCCAAAUGGGUCAAGGGCAGACAGGUCAUAGUGGAAGCUUAGAAGUUGGUUUUGACAUGGUUAGGAGUGGCCAGAUUAGGUUAGAGCACUGGAUAUGGGACCCAGGGUUAGAUCUAGGAGUUCCUGAAGGUACAUAGAAGGGGGAGAGUGUCAGGCAGACUUGCCCAUCUAGACCCAAGAGAAGAUCUGGCUGCUCUUGAUCUGGCUAGAUAGAGGGGUUGAAUGCCCCUACAGUUAAAAGUAAUUGCAGCUCAUGGAAACUUUUCAUACUCUCUAGCUGAGUUCAACUUCUGAACCUUGCCUUGCCUCUGCCAUUCUCAGCACAUGGCACAAGAGAACACUGGACAAAAAUGGACUGCUCUAUAGCUGAGCCAUCAUGUAGACACCCGGUGCAUUUGGCAAUUAGGAAAAUGGAAUGUGAGCAAUAAAACUGGGAAACUAUACUUAAAAAUGAUUAAACUUUUAUUAAGUUGAAUGUAAAUGGCUACAUGGGAUAGUGGUUAUUAUGUAAAUACAAUGAGAUAUUUAUGUAUCUUCUCAAUUCUAAGCUGUUUCUCUUUUCUAGAGACUAAAAACCUCUGAAACCGGUAACUGUCAGUUGACUGCAUUUAAAUUUAGGUGAGGUUUACAUCGGCCACUGUGGAAAACAUUCCUCUACUUCUGAUUGCUUUGGAAACUUCUCAGGAAAAGCCAUGGGCUCAGACUUUAGCACAGUGAAGUCAAGAAAGGUCACUUUUUGCUCCAUCUGCAAGGCCAUGAUGUCUCACCCAGUGAGCAUCAACUGUGGACACAGCUACUGCAAAUCCUGCACACAGAGCCAUUAUUGCAAUGUCAGCUCAAAGACAGGAUGGAAGAUGUUGGGCUGCCCUUUGUGUAGUAGUCCAUUUAGUUUAGAGAACCUCAGGCCCAACAAGGAGCUAGAAACCAUAACUGAUAUGAUCAAAGGGAUAGAAGGGCAGGAUCAUGACACGGUGUGUGAGGAACAUGAAGAGAAACUUAAUCGCUUUUGUGGAGAUGAUGGUCAGCUCCUCUGCUGGCGCUGUUGUUGGGAAGAUCAGCACAAAGGUCAUACCUUAUUUGCUGUGAAUGAUGUGUACUAGAACUAUAAGGUGAGAAUUAUGGUUGGGGGCCUUUACACGUGUCCAGUCUAAUGAUCUCCUAUGAGAAUCAUAGAGAAUUGCUGUGUAAUAAGGACCCAUUUCAGACCCCAGCACCCACAUAAAAAGCAUGGCUAUACCUCCCCUGAAACCUUAGUGUUGUAAAGAGCAAAGACAGAAGGAUCAGUGGACUUGAUGGCCACCAGCUUAACUCCAAGUUCAGUGUGAGACCCUACCUCAAAAGAAUAAGGCUGAGAGACAGAACAGGAAAGCAUUGUCUUCUGCCUCUAUGUGUAUACACAGCGUGGGCACUCCCAUACAUGUGCAUGCAUACAACUAUAUCUCUCCUUCUGCAUACCUCUCUUUCAUAUACACACCACUCCUGUCAUCAUCACCACCUUCACCAUCACCAACCAAGAUAACUCCACACACAAUGUCAUACCGUAGGAACUUCUUCAUCAUUGCCAAGGUAAGCAGUCCUGUAGAGGAGGUAAUGACACAGGAAACAAAGCUGAGCCAAGAUUCAUCCCCAUCACUUCCAAUUCUUAAUCUCAGACCAAGUGAUACUUACUAUCACUUGUUCAUUUUGUACCUACUAUGUUCAUUUAGAAAGUUUAUUUGGAAAAUAAAGGGCCAGAGGCACUGAGAAGAUCCAGUACUGUAAAAUAAAAACAUCAUGGGGAAAUUUCAAAUUAUUUUCAUAAGAAAGAGUGUGAGAGGGUGGGUUCAAAGAAGAUUCCAGAAGGGUCAAAGAUCUGAAAGUAAAUGUUUGUGGUGAGUUAGCAAUGGGAGGUUUGCCAUGAUUUGUAGGUCCUCCCUUGAAAGCCCAGGGCCUUCUGCACUGACACAGUGAGAGACAUGGUCAGUCUUUCUGUUUUUGGAUGGUUUUGUUUUGUUUUGUUUUAAUGUGAUGUGAUUUUUUUUUUUUUUUUGGUUCUUUUUUUCGGAGCUGGAGACUGAACCCAGGGCCUUGCGCUUCCUAGGUAAGCGCUCUACCACUGAGCUAAAUCCCCAGCCCGUGAUGUGAUUUUUUAAGACAGGGUCUCUCUACAUAGCCUUGGCUGUCCUGAUACUCACUAUAGUCAAAGCUAGCCUUGAACUCACAGAGAGCUGCCUGCCUCUGUCCCCAAGUGCUGUGAUCACAGGCAUGCACCACCAUACUUGGCUGCUAUCUUGAUCCUAGUCUAUUCUUCCAGCUUGCAGGAGAAAUUACUAAGUGGGCUCCUUGUGCUCUAUUCCAUGAAGCAAACAUAGUCUCAUAUAAAGGCCUCAAGUCUUCCAUAAGUGUGCUGCCAAUCAGCACACUUGGCUCUCCUUCGGCCUCCCUCCAACAGCUGCAUUGCAGAAAUUCCUAUUUGAAUGAUAAAAAAAAAAAAAAAAAAGGAGCGAGGAAGGAUGACAGUUACCUGCCACAGAGUCAGACUGCUGGGAUGAAACAUUAGCCCUGGUGCUCAGCAGAUGGAUAACUAAUUUGUGCUAAUUUGCUUAAAGUUUCACAUCUUGUUAUCCUGGUCUGUACAAAGACAUGAUAGCACCCGAGUCCUUAGAACAUAUGCUGGGAGUUAUGUUGGCUUUGUGGAUAUUAAACUAUGUAAAGUUUAGAACAGCAUGUGACAUAAAGCAAAGGCAAUAUUUCGUUUUUCUAAAUCAGUCACAGACUGUUUUGGAAGAUCUCUUGGAAAUUAAUUCAUACCUGUGGAAUUACAGAGGACAGGAUUCGUUUUCAUUACAGGCAAUUUCUGGUAGCCUCAAAUUGUUCUAAGUGAACAAUUAAUUUGGGGGUUUCGGGGAGUAGCUUGACAAGGAACUAAUCCUUUAAAUUGGUUUCUUGGUAUCAUCCUCCAGACCCCCCUUCUCUCCAAAUUCUAAUAACUUCAAUUAGUAUCCUGGCCUUUCCUUUGUAACUUACCCAUAAUACAUACUGUGGUGGUUUAAAUAUGCUUGGCCCUGGGAGUGGCACUAUUAGGAUGUGUGACCUUGUUAGAAAAGUGUGGCCUUGUUAGAGGAGGUAUAUCAUUGUGGGUGUGGAAGGAAGACCUUCAUCUUAGCCACCUGGAUGCCAAUCUUCUCCUGUUUGCCUUGGGAACAAACUAUAUAACUCUCAGCUCGUCCACUGCCAUGCCUGCCUGGAUGCUGCCAUGUUCCCACCUUGAUGAUAAUGGACUGAACCUCUGAACCUGUAAGCCAGCCCCAAUUAAUGUUGUCCUUUAUAAGAGUUGCCUUGGUCAUGGUGUCUCUUCACAGCAGUAGAAACCCUAACAUACAGAGUUCCAGAAGUGUCAAACAUUCAGUAUUGGGUAUGUAUUCAGCACACUGUUUUACAAGCUCUCCCCACAAAUGGCUGUAGCAAUCUCUAACAACUUUUCCCAAGUGACUUGGUUUGGCAAAUGACAUUGGUGUCCCAAUUUUACUCUUGAGACUUCCAUUUAUGCCUCCUGAGGUGAGUGAUUUGCCCCCUUUCUAAGCCUCAUUUUCCAAAGCACAGCAAUGAUGUUAAGCAUCCCAACAACUGCCCAGGAUUACUAAGGCAAUCAGUGACUUACCACUUAUAAAACCCUCAGCAUACUCUCUGAGCGAUGUACACAGAAUUCAAUAGCUAUUCUUUGUGAUCUCACCACAUUUCGGAGUGCUGAGAUUCAUAUUAAGUACCUAAUGAGGAAUCAAAUUGAGGGUGAGGGAUGUAGUUCAGUUGGUUGUGUGCUCGCUUAGCUUGCAAAAAGUUCAAUGUUUGCCAAAACUGCAUAAAGCAGGGCACAUAGAGUAUGUCUAUUUCUUGUCACUCAGAAGGUGAAGCACAAGGUCAUCUUUGGCUACUUAGUGAGUUCAAGAUCACCUUGGACCAUAUCAGACCCUGCUUCAAACUGAAAACAAGAUUGAUAAGAAUUGAUUUUACUUAAUGUUUUUCUUAACAUUUUCAGAAAAAACUCCAGAAUACCAUGACAAAAUUGAGUGAACUCCAAGAGACUCUCGAAGUUCAGAUACAUUUCAUAACAAGCCAAAUAAAUGCCUGGAAGGUAAGAGUUUGAGUUCAUUGGUGAAGAGAGAUUUUUCUGUAGUGAGUCUAGGCAUAGAGAAAGACCAGGAAAAAUACAAGAAUGGUUGGCUCCUGCCAAUACAUGGGAACCCUAAGGAAGAGAGCACUGAUUUCAUGGCCUAGAUAUUUACGUUUGUGAAACUUUGUCACCAAGCUCUUCCAUCUUCUUGGGAUGGCUAACAAUUUCAUCAAAAGCUAAACUAGCUUCUUUGGGCUUAGACUUGUCUUUAUGAAAUCAAUUUGUUACAACUGUACUUGGGUGUAAUGUACCAACAUCCAUUCCUUUGUUUCAUGCUUGUUUUGCAUGCUAGGAUGUAUGUGAACCUCCAUCUUUGCUUUGUGGCCCAGACUUUCAUUCUUUCUUUUUUAAAAAAGAUGUUAUUCAAAACAUUAAAUAUGUAUGUAUAUGGGUUUGUGAAGUGAGUAUAGGUACCCAAGGAUGGCAGAAGAGGGCAUCAGAUCUGGAGCUAAUCUGACAGGUCCUCUAUAGUAACCAUAUUUACUCUUAACUAUUGAGCCAUCUUUCCAGUCAUAAGACUUUCAUCUUUAAUAUUGCAUGCUACCUAUUUACUUUGUGGCAUGUUUUGUUUCACAUAUUAAAUGCAUUAGUCUGAUACUCUGGUGUUAUCACUCUAGAGGCAGUGGAACCUGGGAGAAUGGAGCCUAGAAAUGAGGUGGGCUUUAUUUAGAACAUCAGACAAUUGAUAUCCUGAGGGUUAACCAAGGUUGUAUGAUUAAAGUUCACAUGCAUUCAAGCUAUAUAUAAUCACAACAGCAAGGCAUGCCUGGAAACACUCUGAAUAACAGUAGUAAGAUAAUGGGUAAUCUGGAGUAAACCCACACCUGGGAGGGGCAUGAAAGUACAGUCCAAGAACAAUCCUGUACUUUGCAGGACUAAAGCCACCAGACUUGCUCAGUUUUCUUGGAGUUUUCUCAUAAGCACACAGAAUUGUUAUUACACAGCUUCAGUCAUGGGUCAUGUUCCAACACUUGGACACUAACCUUCUGACCUUGCUGUGUCAGAAUCAAGCUCUUAGCCUCACCAGGUGAGAAACAAACCUUUGAGAGAAUUCAUCAAGCAGGAUCACCCCAGGCUGAGUCUAAUGAGGGCAGUAAAAGAGACCUAUGUCAUUUCUAAAGCACAUUCAUAGCGCUAUAAAAUCUGCACACUUGUAUGGCUUCUUGAAGAGGCUGCCCACAUGUCUGAAGUACAUUCUUUCUAGAAGUAUCUGAAUUAUCCCUUUUAAAUAUUUUUUUAAAAGGAAGGCACAACUUUGUUCCUAGGCAUGGUAGAAGAGGUUUACUGUGGAUAGGAGGAAGAACAUAACCAAAAACACCUGGGAGAGUCCAGCAUGAUCAUGACCCUGAGCCAGGCCAUGUGAGGGGAAAGGGAGAAUCAGGAAAACAAAGGGUAGACAAAAAGAGCCGGGUAACCAAAAUGUUGGAUUAUAUAGGCGGCCCAAUCCCUGGGCUGGAGAUGUUUAGAGUAGGGGGUGGAUAUAUCAGCCAUACCUUGAAACGGUAGGGACCAAGGGAUCCUGGGAGAUCCUGGCAGCCAAGUCUACCCUAAUAUAUUAAAUAAGACCUCAGUCAUUCAUCCUGGGUUUGAGGCCAAUUACGACACAGUCAAUUUCCACAGCGAGUGCCAUUUCUUCCUUCUGCUUUCUUUAUAUAUGGAUGUUUAACUUGAACUUCCAGAGCAUGUAAAAAAAAUAUGUAUAUCCUUUUGUAACUGAUAAAGUAUUUGAACAAUACCCUCCUUCUCUAAUCCAAGUUUCUCAGGUUCCCAUCUCAUCUUUCUCCCAUAUCUUAGUUGAACUCGAAGAAAAUUAAUCAGGAGUUGAACCUCUCCGCACACUUCUGAGUGUCAGGAUGUUAAUUACGAAGCUAUCAGAGAUGCAUUCAAGGGUGGAAGUAACGUUAAGAGAACUCAAAAACACACCAACUGCUGCCUGAGGACCUCCGUUUGGGAAUGGUGUCUGGUUCUGGAGAAGAAGAAGCUUUCCUACAAAAUAAUUAUCCAAUCAAGACGCUAAGGUUUGAGUGGCCACUGGUGUCAAGGGCCACUGUGGAUCGUGGUCACUAGCCAGAGGAACCUGUGAGUAUUGGCUGUGGUAUGUAAAUGUGUACAAUUGGCUUUGACUGCAGGAUGAAACACUGAACCAGAACUGACAAGGUUUAGCUUUGGGACUGUGCUUAAUAAGUCUUUUCUGGUUUCAAUAUACCCAAUCUUGCCUCUUAAGACAAGACCAGCAAGAACCUGAGUAAGCUGGAAAUCAAGGCAGCUGAAUGUUUCUGCAAGGUUUGCUGCCUUUGUGCAGUUAAGAGGUUCCCAGGGAGACCAUGGUACAUGCCUGUUACGAGUGUAGUCAUAGUGGACAGGAUUUAGUGAGGAUCAAUCUCUCUCUUGUCCUACCCAGAGGGAAUGGUGACUGGUAGGUGGAACUGAGGGAGGCUACACCAGAGUUGUGAGCCCCCUGUGGCUAGCACUAUAGUUGAAGUGCGCUUGGCUUUUUGGCAUAACUCUGUCUAGAAGUUUCUACUUCUUGUCUUUGAACAUUCUUUUUUAAAACCAUGAUUUAACUUAUAAAUACAUUGGUUGAGUGACCUCAGUCCCUCAGAAAAGUAGAGAGCUAAUGAGUUGUCUACUUUUUUCCUCUUUGCAGUCUGUGGCAAGAUGAGCACUUUCCUAUCCAAGGCAGAAUAAGUCACUUUAAAAAAUUUAAAAACAAACAUUUAAUCAAAAUAUUUUUAUUUGCUAUAUGCCUGCAUUUGCUCAUGGAUCUGAGAUGGUCUAACAUGGAGCAAGUGGGGACAUAGUGGCUGUCACUGAUGUUGUUAAUGUCAGUGACAUUUGACAAUGUAGAACUCCUUGGAGCAGCAUCCCACAUACUUCUGUUUUCAUGCAAACAGUCCUAUGAAGCAAUAUUGUCCUCUCUUUCCCUUUGAAACAAUUAAGGCUCUAAGAGUUUAUGAAACUUGCUAUGGUUUGGAGAGUGGGAAUUCAGGCUCUAAACUUCUGGCUCCUGAUAUUUGAACAAUAUGCAACAUUUGCUUUGAGUAAAUCAGGAGACUGGGCUAACAAAAUUAUGCAAGAUAAGCAGGUUGUUGGGGAAAAUUAAAAAGCAUUAGAAAUAUUAUUGUAACAAAGUAAUGAGUUCUAGACCAAGGAUAGGGUAAAGCCCCUUAUGCAACUCUGUCUAUAUCACCAUUCCCCUCAAAUAAAACCCAUGUGUGCCUUAUGUAUAACCAUAAUAUCUAUAUUCCCUUUUCCUCCGAUACAACCUAUACUGUCCCCUAUGAUUAUAGGUCUAUUUGCAACUUUGACACUAGGUUUCACUAUCAUUGCUUGAAUGAAAAGGUCUUUGAAAUUUUCCAUGGUCUCAAUGUUUUACAGUUAGACUCAGAAUGACUUUACUGUCUUCAUCAGUGACACCAGUGACUUGUAAUUUCAUGAGCUCUGGUGAUUGUUUUGAAGCAUGGUUUUCAUUAUCAUGUUAUGGGGAGACUAAAGUUUGGAAUGACCAAUUUUUAUACUUGUUUUAUGAAAAAGAGAAGCCAUCAACAACAAAACAGCGGAAGGCUAAUAAAACAGAAUUCAAAUACUUGAGCACAGUAGAAGUUGUGUGACACGCCCCUGGAUACCACACACACACACACACACACACACACACACACACACACACACACACACUUUCACAC